CCACGAUUGGACUCUUUCAAACUCAGAACCGCGACUGUUUAUUGUGAUUUAGCUCGACGCCAGUUAGCAUGUCAAUUUGAAAAAAAGAAAACGUAUUAUUUUUGUUUGUAUAAAUGCUACGAAUGUAAAGCUGCUAUGUGAGUACAUUUUCAGUACUGGGCGUAGUUGUAAUAUGAAAGCUGGGUUGUUUUUUCUUUAAAUUUACCGAACUUUAGCAAAGUUUUAGCCGUGUCCAGCUAGCCGUGUUAGCCGUUGGCAGGUGACAGCGUUUCAUGUCGUCAAGGAAAAAAACAAAAACAAAUUUAAGUAAAAAUUUUGAAAGAUAACAAACAUGAAAACAAUUGUUUGACAGGAUGUUAUAUUUUAGAUAUAUUUUUAGCGCAGGCAUUAUCUAGCAUUGAAACAGAAGGAAAUUCCCUCUGUUUAUCGAAGAGCUUCGAGAAAAAGAAAACAAGAUAUUCUGAAAAAUGACUGACUCCUGCCUGAACCAAACUGACCUACGAAGACUCGCUGAAGAUGGGAAAAGUAAACUCUCAGCAGAGUUCAUCCCCUCAGCAGAACUACCGCAUUCCUGCAUAGAGGACAAAGAACACCUGCAGGUUUACCUCAGAAUCCGACCCUUGACCUCAGCAGAAAGAAGCAAUGGAGAGUCACAGGACUGUGUUGCCAUGGAAACCCCAGAUACGGUUCUCCUGAAGCCUCCCAGUCUGUCCCUUUUGGCCCGGCUCAGCAGUGAUAAAUCCCUUCCUCAGACCGGCCAACGCUUCCAGUUCUCCAGGGUUUUCGGCCCAGAAACAACACAAAGUGAGCUGUUCGAAGGCACCGUCAAAGAUCUGGUCAAAGAUGUCCUGGAAGGAGAAAACUCUCUGGUUUUCACCUAUGGAGUCACCAACUCUGGGAAGACCUUCACGUUCCUCGGUCCCGACUCUGUAGCUGAAGCUGGAAUCCUGCCCCGGGCGCUGCGCCUCAUCUUCAGCAGCAUCGGUGACAACGUGUUCCAGGGCCUGAGCGUCAAGCCGCACCGCUGCAGGGAGUUCCUGGCUCUGAGCCGCCAGCAGCAGGCCGACGAGGCGCUGUUCAAGAAGAGCCUGCUCAAACAACUCAGAGAGAAUGAGAAGAGCAGCAGCCUGCAGAACGCGACCAGCCAGACUUGGUUUGAAGCUGUCUGUAGGGUUUUAGAAGGUCUGUUGUCUGCAGGCUCCACGGCGCCGCAGCCCAGUACUGCAGCCCAAGACAGAAUCAUCCUGGACAUCAAACCCAACACUAAGUUCUCCGUCUGGGUCUCCUUCUGUGAGAUCUACAACGAGAACAUCCACGAUCUCCUGGAGGUGGCGCCGAGCGGGGUGCCGCGCAGGCCGGUGUUGCGGCUGGCACAGGACGCCAACAGCAAUCCCUACGUCAAAGAUCUGCGCUGGGUCCAGGUGAGCAGCGCUGAGGAGGCACUCAGGGUGGUGAAAAUGGGCCGGAGGAACCAGAGCUUCUCCUCCACCCGCCUCAACCAGCUGUCCAGCAGGAGUCACAGCAUCUUCUCCAUCCGGAUUCUGAGCAUAGAGGACGGCAACCCGCUCAGAGUCCACACCAUCAGCGAGUUGUGUCUGUGUGACCUGGCCGGCUCCGAGCGAUGCACCAAGACUCAGAACAAAGGCGAGCGCCUGAAGGAGGCAGGAAACAUCAACGCCUCGCUGCUCAUCCUGGGAAAGUGCAUCAAAGCUCUGCGCUACAACCAGCAGGCCAACAGUCUGUCGUCUCCUGCCUUCAGGCUGCUGCAGCACAUUCCCUUCAGGGAGAGCAAGCUCACACACUACCUUCAGGGCUUCUUCUGUGGCCGGGGCAGAGCCUGCAUGAUCGUCAACAUCAACCAGUGCGCCUCCAUGUACGACGAGACCCUCAACGUCCUCAAGUUCUCCGCCGUGGCCCAGAAGGUGGUCGUCCUGAUCUCCAGGCCGCUCCCUGCCGUCCCAUCCUGCAGUGACUCCUCCUCCAUCAGAGCCUCAGGGAGGAGGAGCGCCGGCUGGGAGACCAGCCUGGAGGACGUUCCGGAGGAUGAAGAGGAGGAGGAUGAGGAAGAGGAUGAGGAGGAGGAGGAAGAAGAAGAGGAGGAAGAGGACGAGCAAGAAGAAGACAGUGUCAUGGAGGAUACUAUGGAUCAGAUGACCGACAGAGGAGAAGAAGAGAAUGUCAUCAUCAGCAAAGCGAAGCACGAGCAGCAGGCGGCGCUGUUGAAGCAGCUGCAGGUCCAGCUGAAGAUGGAGCGCUCGGAGAACCUGCUGCUGGAGGCCCGGGUCAGAGAGGAGAUCAGCCGCGAGUUCUCAGUGCUGUUCGCCGACAUGCAGAAGGACUACGAUGAGCGCCUGGUCAGGGAGAGGGAGAUUCUGGAGGAGCGAGCUGAAAGGAGGCUGGAGAUCUUCAAGAACCUGACCAGGAACAUGUCCUCAGCUGGCUGCAGCUCGGACACAGUCACCAUGGACAGAUUUCUAAGCUGUCAGGCCUCUGAGCUGCCAGGUGCGUCUCACUUCAGCCUCGGAUCCGGACCGACUGAAAAGAAACCCGAAGAUGGUCAGAACCACGAGCACAGAGCUGAUGAAGCAGAAGAGAAGAAAUGGCUUCUUCAUCAGCUCCAGGAAAAGUCGGUGCAGGUGGCCCAGCUGGAGCAGCAGCUGGAGGACCUGAAGAAGAAGACAGAGCUGGGCUCACAGAACAGCUCUGAGCGAGGCCAAGAUGAAGAUCAGCUCCAGGAAGCUCUGGCUGCGCUUCAGAAGGAGCAGACGAAGAGAGAGGAGCUGAUUGCUGCGCUGGAGUACCAGACUCUGGGGAAGGAGGAGGCGCUGGCCUCCCUUCAGGAGGAGCGCAGAGCCAGGCAGGAGGUGCAGUCUGCUCUGGAGGAGAGCCGGCGGCAGCAGGAGAGCCGAGUGGCGGAGCGGGUGGAGGUGCAGACUGCAGUCCACAUGCAGCCUGCUGUGGAGGAGCUGGAGGAGAAGAUCCAGAAUCAGUCCUACCAGAUCCACGUCCUCACAGAGGAGCUGCAGCAACUGAAGCAGCUGCACGCGCCUGUUUUCUCUUACUCUGACGGCGUCGACAUCCAGCUGUGGAAGGAAGUCUCUGAGCUCAGCAAGAGGCUGGAGGAGGAGAAGAAGAGGAGCGAGACGAAGCAGAAACUCAUCCAGCAGCUGGAUGAGGAGAGGAAACAGAGAGAGGCUGCAGUAGAGCAGCAGGUCAGAGAGCUGCAGAGGAAGCUUGAGGAGCAGGAAGAACUGCUGGAAUCCCAACGGGAAGCGUCCACUCAGGAAGCAGAGCAGCUGCAGCUGAAGCUCAGACUGCAGCAGGAAGCUGCAGAGAAACUGAGAGACGACCUGAGAAAAGCUGAGCUCCACAGCAACACCGCCUCAACCAGCGUUGAAGACCUGCACAUGGUGAACUCUGACCUCCGGAGGGAGAUCACAUCCCUAAAGGAAGAGGCUUCCUCUGAGAUGGAGCAGAUGAGACGAGAGAAGGACCGGCAGCUGGAGGAGAAGCUGGCUGAGAUGGAGAGAAGAUCCGCUGAGACGGAAGGAAAGCUGCUGGAGGAGCUGCAGGAAGCAGAGCGAAAGGUCGCGACCCUGCAGAAGAGUCUGCACCAGUCAGAGCAAAAGGUCGUGACCCUGCAGGAGAACCUGGAUCAGUCAGAGCAAAAGGUUGCGACCCUGCAGGAAGCAGAGCGGAAGGUCGCGACCCUGCAGGUAGCAGAGCAACGAGUUGUUACCCUGCAGGAGAACCUGCAUCAGUCAGAGCAAAAGGUUGCGACCCUGCAGGAAGCCGAGCGAAAGGUUGCGACCUUGCAAGAGAAUCUGCUGGAGGCAGAACGAAAGGUUGCGACCUUGCAGGAGAAUCUGCAGGAGUCACAACAAUGGGCCGUAACAUUGCAAAGGAAACUACAUGAAGUUGAGCAACACGUCGCGACCUUCCAGGAGAAGCUGCAGGAAACAGAGCGACAGGUCACGACCUUGCAGGAAGCCGAGCAGAAGGUCACGACCUUGCAGGAGAAGCUGCAGGAAGCCGAGCAAAAGGUUGCGACCUUGCAGGAAGCCGAGCAAAAGGUCGCGACCUUGCAGGAGAAGCUGCAGGAAGUAGAGCGAUGGGAGGAGGAGGAGAGCCUUGCUGUCCAGGAAGUGAGGAGGAAGGAGGUGGAGCGGCGGCAGGAGCUGCUGGCUGUGGCUCAUGAGGCCUUAGCUGAGAAGGAUGCUGAGCUGGAGAAGAAAGCCGGGGAGAUCAGCAGGCUGAAGCUGGAGGCUCAAGAGGAGGCGCAGCAGGUGAAGAGCCUCCAUCUGGAGCUUCAGAGGAAGGAGGACGACUCGUCAGACCUCAGAGAGAAGCUGGCCGACUACAGGAAGCAGGUCCAGCAGGUCCAGAAGGAGGUGUCGGCCAUGAGAGCAAAUGAGACGGCCCUGAAGCAGAAGCUUUCUGACGCGGAAAAAACCAAGAAGCAGCUGCAGUCGGAGCUGAGCAGCAGAGACAGAACCAUCCAGCAGCUCAGAGCCGAGCAACAGGACUCCAAGGCUGCCCAGCUCUACCAGGAGGCCUGUAAAGAGCUGCAGGCCAAGCAGCAGGCGAUGGAGGACAUGCGGCUGGCGCUGACGGAGCAGGAGGAGACACAGCAGCAGAUGGAGCAGGUCUUGGACGACAAGAUGCGUCUGAUGCAGGAGUUAUCUGCAGAGGUGGAGAAGCUGAAGGGGAAGCUGCUGGAGCAGAACACAGGGUCCGGCCGACCUUCAGACGACCUCGGGCUGGCCAGAGACGAAGCUUCCCGAGCCCAACAGAGCUUAAAGGUGUUGACAGAGAAACAGCAGGCUGAACGCAGGAAGUGGCAAGAGGAGAAGCUGUCUCUGAUUGGCCAGGCCAAAGAGGCGGAGGACAAGAGGAACCAGGAGAUGAGGAAGUUUGCUGAAGACCGAGAGCGCUACUGUCGCCAGCAGAGCCUCCUGGAGUCCAGGCUGGAGGAGAAGGAGGCAGCCAUGGAGAGCUGGAGGGCGGAGCGGGACACGCUGGUCGCUGCUCUGGAGGUGCAGCUGCAGAAGCUGCUGGCCAGCCAGGCAGACAAAGACAAGCUCAUCAAGGAGCUGCAGCAGCAGAGCGCCGCGUCACCAGCAGGGGCUAAUGGUGGCCGUCGUUCUCUCAAAGUGGCAGAGCUGCGGGCGGCUCUAGCGGAGAAGGAAGCAGAGAUUGUGCGGCUGAAGGAAAACGCAGCAGAGCAGAGUGAGAGUUCUGCUCUGGCUAAGAAAGCAAAGCCUGAACCGCUGCAGCCAGAGAGGAGGGAGACCAGAUCGUCUUCCAGCAGUCGGGGUUCGUCCGGCUUCCCCUCGGUGCUGGAGUCCUCAGAGGUUUCCACGGAAACGGGCCGGACGAGCCGCUUCCCCCGGCCGGAGCUGGAGAUCUCGUUCAGCCCGCUGCAGCCCAACCGCCUGGCGCUGCGGCGGCAGGGCGACGACAGCGCCGUCACCGUCAAGAUCAACCGGACUGCACGCAAGAGGAAGAGCAGCGAGAUGGAGAAGGAGGAAGUGGAGACGGAGAAUCGGAGGAACACCAGAACCAAACUCACACCAAAGCUGAGCCCACGGACAGAGGAGAGCCCUGCCUCUCAGAGCAGCAUCCGCAGCAGGAAGGACGGCACGCUGCAGAAGAUCGGAGACUUCCUGCAGAGAUCCCCGACCGUGCUGGGCUCUGGAGCCAAGAAGAUGAUGAGCCUGGUCAGCGGCCGAGUGGAUGCCCAGUCAGCCUCUUCCUCCUCUUCCUCCUCCUCCCCCCUCCGUUUGAUGGCCAAGAGGAGCAGAAAGAAACUCUACAGGCCUGAAAUCUCCUGCCCCAUGGAAAUGCCCCCCCACCCGAUUAUUAACCAGGAGACGAAGGACGGCGACGGCAGCCAGCAGAUCAAGCUGCGCCUCCGCUCCAGAGUGGCUAAAUGCUAGCGCCGUGUCCAGUUAGCUUUCAUAUUACUGUCUUAAUGAAGCUGCUUAUGAUCGAGCAUAUCUUUCUGUCUGAGACGCUUUUAUUUAAUCACUAAUUUGACCUUUAAGGUGAAGGUCAGCGGGAGGAUUAGCAAUAAUCUGGUUAACAGUAACAGCCUCCUGCAGCAUGCUGCCUGUAGUCACUAAUACGUUUAUUUCACCAAGUAUUUUUUUGUUCAUGUUAGACUUUCUGUUAGUUUAUGAUCAAAUGACUCCGCCCUCAAGACACUUGAAGCACUAAAGCCCUUCCUGGUUAUUUUAAUGUGCAAUCUGUUUAGAGUUCCCUCAUCUGUCCUAAUAUAGUUUAUUUAAUGUUUUCUCCACAGAGAGCUGCUAUAAAGUCACAUUAUUUUCUAC